AUGGAAGAUCCAAAAUUAGAAAAACAUUUCAAAAGUCAUCGUAGUACAGUUACAUCUCUUAGUUUUUCACCUAAUACAAAACAACUUGUAUCUGGUAGUUUAGAUGCAUGUCUUUUUCUAUGGCCAUUUAAACCACAAGUUCGAGCUUAUCGUUUCGUUGGUCAUAAUGACGCUGUUCAUUCUGUCUGUUUUUCACCAUCAGGUCAUUUAAUUGCCUCAGGUUCAAAAGAUAAAAAAGUUCGUUUAUGGAUUCCAAGUGUAAAAGGUGAAUCAACUGUAUUCAAAGCACAUACAGCUGCUGUUCGAUGUGUUGAUUUUUCAAGUGAUGGUCAAAGUUUAUUAAGUUCAUCUGAAGAUAAAACUAUUAAAAUUUGGACUGUUCAUCGACAAAAAUUUCAAUUUUCACUUAAUCAACAUUCAAAUUGGGUUCGUUGUGCAAAAUUUUCACCUGAUGGAAGAUUAAUUGUUAGCUGUAGUGAUGAUAAAACAGUUAAAAUAUGGGAUCGAAAUACAAAUGAAUGUAUGCAUACAUUCUAUGAACCACAUGGAUUUCUUAAUGAUGUAGCUUUUCAUCCAAGUGGAACAUGUAUUGGUGGUGGUUGUACUGAUGCAAGUGUUAAAAUUUGGGAUAUUCGAACACGUAAACUAAUUCAACAUUAUGCAAAUCAUGUUGCUUCAGUAAAUAAUGUUGCUUUUCAUCCAAAUGGAAAUUUUCUUUUGAGUGCAUCAAGUGAUGCUACAUUAAAAGUAUUUGAUCUAUUAGAAGGACGACUUAUUUAUACUCUACAUGGUCAUCAAGGACCUGCAACAAGUGUCGCUUUUUCAAAGCAAGGAGAUUAUUUUGCAUCAGGUGGUCAAGAUCAACAAGUUCUUGUCUGGAAAACUAAUUUCGAUACAACUGUACCGGGUGUUGAUUCAAUGAAUACAGCUAGUAGUAAAUUUACGAAUGGUAAUGAUUUAAUGACAAAUGACUAUACUACAACAUCACGAAUUUCAUCAGCAACUGCUCAACCAAAAAAAUCACAAAUAUCAUCGUUACGUGAAAAAUCUCAUCCAGAAACAAGUGAUGAAAGACGAGCACGAAAAAUCGAUAUAUCUCAUGAAAAACCUAUGGUACAUACAUACGAUGAUGGAAAUCAUCUUGAAAUAACAAAUAUUGGACCAGCCUAUGCAAAUGGCAUUUCUCGAUCAAAUAGUGCUUCAGCUUGUUUAAGUAAUUCAAAAGCAAUUCCGAAUGGAAUAAGUAAAAAUAAUCGUGCAACAUAUGAUAUCGAAACAAAUGGACAUCAAAAUCAUUCACCACAAUUAACAAAUACACUUGAACAUAUUGUUCAACAAUUAGAUAUUUUAACAAAAACAGUAGCUAUACUUGAAACACGUUUAACAAUGACUGAAGGUAAAUUACAAGAAAUCAAUGAUCAAGGACAAAGGAUGGCUCAAAUUGAUAAUCCUUGUUGGUUUACUACAAAAAAAAUCAAUUCACAUUUAUAUUUAACUACUGAAAAUUACUUUUUCGAAGGUAAUCGUUCAAAUAUUUGGCUUAUACGUGGUAAAGCACGUGAUUUAAUUAUUGACUGUGGCCUAGGUGUAUGUGAUUUGAAAAAACAUUUAGAAAAUCUUAAUUUACUCAGCAAAGAUCGUGAAUGUAUUGUUCUAUGUACUCAUUCUCAUUUUGAUCACAGCGGUGGAGCAAAUCAUUUUGAAAAUGAAUGUAAAGUUUUAAUUCAUCAAGAUGAUUAUCAAGGUUUAAGAAAUGGUUGGCAAGAAGAAACAUUGAACUAUGUAAAAGCAACACAAUUUCUUCAGCAACCAUAUCAGAAUUUUUCUACGCGAGACUAUAGAGUUCCAGCAACAAAAUGUGAACCUAUAAUGGAUGGUCAUCGAAUUGAUCUAGGUGCUAAUGAUGAACUAAUCGUAUUACAUGCACCUGGCCAUACACAAGGAAGUAUUGUUUGUUAUUAUCCAAGAACUAAAUCAUUAUUCACUGGUGAUUUCGUAUAUAAUUGUAAUCAUGGUUCAGAAUUACUUGAUUGGUUGCCCACAUCAUCUGUUCAAGAGUAUCUGAGAAGUGCAAAUAAUAUGCUUGACUUUUUGCAAGAACAUGAAAUCAAAAAAAUAUAUCCGGGACAUUUUCAAAUCUUAAAUGAUAAGAAUCGUGUGCAAGAACUUCUUCAACAAUAUAUUGAUUCAAAAGAUGAUUGUUGUAGUAUAGCGAAGGCAUCUUGUUUUCAAGCUGUUACAAAAUGUUUCUUUAGAACUGAUUGCUUUCGUUGCUGUAAUUGA